AUGCGAUUUUUCGACAAGGAUGAAAAGGGGGCCGUCACCGAACUCCCCAACGACGACGCUUUCUCCGAUGCUCUCAACGGUAAGGGUGAACUGGAGAAGGAGUUCAAGCUCGACCUAGCAUCCGACAUGCGGCAGCUUCUGGGCGCUUUGAAGCAGGAUGGAAGCUUAAAGAAGCUGGGCAUUGAUGACCCCGACGCCGUGGCGAAGGACCUCGAAGCCCAGCUGGGCAAUCUCGACGAUCCUGAAGGUCUCGGAGAACGAUUUGACGAAUACAUAAAGGAGUUGGAGGACAAACUGGAAGCGCAAGGGCUUCGGAUGGACCGCCUGACGAACAUGGACGACGACGACUUUGAGAAUGAUUUUGAAUUCUUGGAUCAACCGAUCGCAAAGCCCAAGACACGCCGCCCAGUACCACAAAUCCCGACUGAAAUGUGGACGUACAACCAGAGACGAAGGCUCAGUCGCCUCAACGCCAUUCUCGAGCGGGUCGACAAGCAACUCCGGCUGCGUGAGGCGAUUACGGCCAAGACGGUGCAGUCAGUCUGGAAGGCAUACAAUCUGGCUCGGCAAACCCUCGCUAAAGGUUGGGCCAAUGUUCCGCAGGAGGUGUGGGAUCUGCUCUGGGCCAUCUUGUCCGUGGAGGAGGCUGUCAACCCCAGCCGUUUCGCCUUCCUGUCUCUGCUAGCGCGAGAUAUGAGCGAAGCAAAAGUGGCGCUGAAUCCCUCGCAGCAGUUGAUCACGAUGGAGGCGCUUUUCGUCGACGGUUUCGAGGCGAAGGCGAUCGAUAACUGGAAAAGAUGCAUGUCGACGCUCGGCGACAGCGGGUCGGAUACGUUCCAGGAGUUUUGGGAACUGGGCGUCCGCAUGUCCUGUCAGGCAGAAGACCUCGUGCAGGCAGAGAGGGCGAUCAACAAGCUCCUCGAGCGACAGCUAGACCCUCGUAUCCUCAUGCCCUAUAUCCGGACUUGCGCGGCCCAGCCAACAGAUGAGAUGCAAGAGAAGGCCUGGAACGCAUAUCGACGAAUGAGAGACCUCCUCGGCGAAUCCAUGGGAUUGGAGGACUACGACCAAGUGAUUGCCUUUUUCCUGACGACGAACCAGACCGAACGUGCCCUGUUCGCGUUUGUCGACAUGAUGACCUCAGGCACCGUUGAUCUCCGCGGCGUCACGCAGCUGCCGUCCAGCAUUGGCAACAAGUUCUUCUUCGGCAAGUGGCUCAAGCGGCUGAUCGGUGCGGGCGACUUGGACGGUGCCCACAGCGUCUUCCAAUUCAUGUGUUCCCGAGGCAUCCAGCCUGCGAGCAUACAGAUCAACGGCCUGAUUGGCGCAUGGCAAAGAAGCGGCGGCGCAGACGAUCUGCAAAAGGCCGACAAGCUCGCAUGGGACAUGGUCAGGGCGCGCAUCCGCUUUGUCGACGCCCGCAGGCGGCUCGCGGGGCUGGAGGGCGGCGCGUACACGCAGGACGCCAAGACGAGCAGCAUUUACGAGGCCGACCCGAUGCCCAAGGCGACCCUGGAGACGUUUUCGCUGCUGGCGGAGAACUACCGGGUGCGGAGGCUGCAGAAGCCCAUGGAGGACCUCUGGGUUGCCUUCAGGGAGGCCGAGAUCAGCCCCGACGCGUUCAUGCUGAACCAGCUCAUGGAAUCACAUUCGCAGUUCGGGGACAUUGAUGAGGCACAGGAACUGUACCGAUCGCUCGUGCACGAGCGCGGCGUCAAGCCGGAUUCGUACACUUUUAUGGCCUUGUGGAAGAUGAUUGGCGUCAACAGACUGCAGAUUCUCUCCGAGGACCGCGCGGCCGGGGAGAUUCGACUCACGAGAGAAACCUUUGCCGAGACGGUCCGUUUCGCGCACGUCUUCAAGGGCCAGAGCCUCGACGGGCAGCUGGCGCGCAAGAUGCUCCACACGUUCCGCCGGCUGAAGGACAACCUGGGCCUCGUUGUGGCGAUGCGUGCGCUCCGGGCCGUGUUUGGCUAUGUCCCGCCCGAGGUUCUGGGCCUCGAGAUGGUCAUCGGAACGACCAACCUUGCGUGGGACACUGCGACGGCACGGCAGAAGCUGCGACUCGCGAAACGCAAGAUCGACAAGUGGGUCGAGGACAGGCAGAAGCAGCUCGGCAGACCGGUGCGGACGCUGGACGACAUGACGCCCGAAGAGCGGGGGCUGGAGAUGAUGGAGUACCUAGAGAGCGAGUAUCUGCCGGCGGCACGGAAUGUCGAGGACGAUGUUGCCGAUGUCGCUCGUGAGAUGGGCGUGUACGAUAUUGUAAAAGACCACUAG